AUGUCUGCCAACCAAAAGGGUGAAGUUCCAGUUCACCCAGAUGUGCCUGCUUUAUACUUACUUAUUUCAGAGAAACCCUGUGAUCUUCCUAGUGUGGAAAAUGGAAGAAUCGCCCAAUAUUACUAUCCUUUUAAAAGUUAUUACUUUCCAAUGGGCAUAGACAAAAAAUUGCAAUACUUCUGCUUGGCUGGUUAUACAACUGAAACUGGGAAACAAGAAGCACAAACUAGAUGUACAACAGAAGGCUGGUCUCCAGAACCAAGGUGCUUCAAAAAAUGCACCAGACCUGACCUGAGGAAUGGUUUUAUCUCUGAUAUAAAGUUAUUAUACAAAAUUCAAGAGAACAUGCAUUAUCGUUGUGCUUCAGGAUACAAAACCACUGGAGGGAAGGAUGAAGAAGUGGUUCAAUGUCUCUCCAGCGGAUGGUCUUCUCAACCAACCUGUAGAAAGGAACAUGAAACAUGUUUGGCCCCUGAAUUAUAUCAUGGAAAUUAUUCCACAGUACAGAAAACAUUCAAAGUGAGUGAAAAAGUUCAAUAUGAAUGUGCCCCUGGCUACUAUACAGCUGGGGGAAAGAAGAUGGAGGAGGCAGAAUGUCACACUUAUGGAUGGUCUCUCACACCAACAUGUACCAAAUUGAAGUGCUCUUCUUUAAGAUUAGUAGAAAAUGGUCACUUUCAUCCUGUAAAGCAAACCUAUGAAGAAGGAGAUGUAGUUCAGUUUUUUUGUCAUGAAAAUUAUUAUCUAAGUGGAUCUGAUUUAAUUCAGUGCUAUAAUUUUGGUUGGUACCCAGAAUCUCCUGUAUGUGAAGGAAGAAGAAAUAGAUGUCCUCCUCCACCUUUGCCUCUAAAUUCCAAAAUUCACACUUACCCAACAACAUAUCGUCAUGGAGAGGUUGUUCAUAUAGAAUGUAAACUUGAUUUUGAGAUUCAGGGUUCAGAAGAAAUACGUUGUGAGAAUGGAAAAUGGACAGAACCUCCAACAUGCAUUGAAGUGAAAGAGAAGGUCAUCUGUGAGGAACCACCCCUAAUUGAGAAUGGUGCAGCAAACUUACACUCUAAGAUUUAUUACAAUGGAGAUAAAGUGACGUAUAGAUGUGAAAAUGGCUACCAUAUCCGUGGAUCAAAUGAGAUAACGUGUAAACAUGGAAAGUGGACACUUCCCCCUGAGUGUGUUGAACACAAUGAAAACUGUAAGCCUCCACCUGAUCUAAUAAAUGGGGCUGUUGUUGAUGGAUUAUUGGAAAGCUACCCAACAGGAUCCUCAGUGGAAUACAGGUGCAACGAAUAUUAUUUACUGAGAGGAUCAAAGAUGUCUCAUUGUCAACAAGGAAAAUGGACAUCUCCACCUGUUUGCUUAGAGCCAUGUACUGUAAAUGUGGAUUACAUGAACAGAAAUAACAUAGAGAUGAAGUGGAAAUACGAAGGAAAGAGCUUACAUGGAGAUUUAAUAGAUUUUAUAUGUAAACAAGGAUAUGAUUUAUCUCCAUCCACCCCUCUAUCUGAGUUAUCUGUGCAGUGUAACAGAGGAGAAGUGAAAUAUCCCUUAUGCAUUAAAAAAGAAUCUAAAGGAAUGUGUGGAUCUCCUCCACUUAUUAAAAAUGGUGUCAUUAUUAGUUCAGCAGCUGGAACCUAUGAAAAUGGUUCCUCAGUAAUAUACAGAUGCUUUGAUCACCAUUUCCUACAAGGAUCUAGAGAUGCCUAUUGUUUAGAUGGAAUGUGGACCACACCACCAUUGUGUUUAGAGCCUUGCACUUUAUCUUUCAUUGCAAUGGAAAAGAAUAAUUUACUCCUGAAGUGGAAUUUUGACAACAGACCAUAUAUUCUCCAUGGAGAGUAUAUUGAGUUUCUUUGUAGAACAGACACUUAUCUAACUGUGUCACCAUCUAUUAUGGGAUCUGAACUUAGAGUGCAAUGUGACAGAGGACAGUUAAAAUAUCCAAGGUGUGUUCAGAGAGAAAGGAUUCUGUCCUUCCAAGGACACUUGAGGACGUAA